AUGUCAGACAAAUCCAUCACCUCGUUGACCUCCCAAGACCGCCGCGAAGCCGAGGCACAGGUUGUCGCCGAACAUCUUCCCGCCGGCUACACGGCCGAAUUCGACCCCGAACACAACAGCAUAACCACCCAACAUGGCUCCGAAGCGACCACACACUCACAGGCCAACAAGACGGUCUCAGCCGGCAGCGCCGAGGGGUCCUCCUCUACACGGACGCGCUCGACAACACCAACACCAAAUGAAGUAGAGGGCGGCGGCGCCGCCUCCUCCCUCAAACUUCAAGGAGGUGACAUCCACCGCAACAUCUUCAAGAUCGACGCCUCGGCCAAACUACAACAGCUGCACCGACGAGCCAACACUUUCCACACCCCGCGAGAGUUCGAGCAAAACUCCGAUGUGCCCAUGACCGUAUCCGACCAGCUCGCCCCCGGCGGCGCCCGCCGCGCCUUCUUACACCGGAAACACGGCGGCGGCGGCGGUAACGACUUCCUAGCCGCCCGCAUGCCCAUCACCCGCAACUUUGUCGAGUUCCUGGACCUCUACGGCCGCUUCGCCGGCGAAGACCUCGCCGACUCAGACGAAGAAGCCGUCGAAGAGGAAGAAGAGGAGGAAGAAGCCCGCAUUGGCGAAACCACGGCUCUCCUCCGCCACCGGCGCCCUUCGAUCCGCGUCCCCAAAGCCCGUCCCCACACGGCCGGCACCACCAAGACCUUCUUCACUCUGAUCAAAGCCUUCGUCGGCACCGGCAUCAUGUUCCUCCCCAAGGCCUUUGCCAACGGCGGCCUCCUAUUCUCCUCGCUCGCCAUGGUCAUCGUCUCAGCAGUGACCAUGAUCGCCUUCCACCUGCUGCUACAAUGCACCCACCACCACGGCGGCGGCUACGGCGAGAUCGGCGCCGCCAUCGCCGGCGAGCGCAUGCGCACCUUGAUCCUCGCCUCCAUCACCAUUUCCCAACUCGGUUUCGUUUGCGCCGGCAUCGUCUUCGUCGCCGAGAACUUGACCAGUUUCUUAACAGCCGUCACGCCCGGCUCCCAAGCGCCAUUAUCCUCCGUAGCACUCAUCGCCAUCCAAGUAGUUUUGCUCGUCCCCCUCGCGUGGAUCCGCAACAUCUCCAAGCUCGGUCCCGCCGCACUCUUAGCAGACGCCUGCAUCCUCAUUGGUGUAUCAUACAUUUACCAAUUCGACAUUCGCGCUCUAGCAGCAAACGGGAUCCACAAGUCCGUAGUCCUCUUCAAUCCCGAGCGGUACACCCUGAUGAUCGGCUCCGCCAUUUUUACCUUUGAGGGAAUCGGUUUGAUCCUACCGAUCCAGAGCUCCAUGGCCCAGCCGCAGCGCUUCGAGUGGUUGUUGGCUGUGGUGAUGGUCAUCAUCACUCUAGUCUUCACCUCCGUCGGCGCCCUGUCUUAUGCCACCUUUGGCACGGAAACGCAAAUUGAAAUCAUCAACAACUUCCCGCAGGAUAGCAAGCUGGUCAAUACGGUACAAUUCCUCUACUCGGUCGCUGUCCUGGUAGGCACGCCCGUGCAGCUGUUCCCGGCGUUGAGGAUCAUCGAGAGCAAAGUCUUUGGGCAUCGGUCGGGCAAGAGGAGUCAGAGGACCAAGUGGAUCAAGAACAUGUUCCGGCUGGGACUUUUGGUGCUUUGUGCAGUGGUGGCAGUGUUGGGAACGGGUAAUUUGGACAAGUUUGUCGCCUUGAUCGGGAGCACGGCGUGUGUGCCGCUGGUGUACGUGUAUCCGGCGUAUUUGCACUACAAGGGCGUGGCGACGGCGAGGUGGGCCAAGGUGGGGGAUGUGGCCAUGAUGGUUUUGGGGGUGUUUCAUGUGAGGUGGUGA